AAGAAUUCAUUUCGUUUAGACAUUAUAAUGAGACGGAAUGAUUAUUGCUUACUCUAUAAUAACAUACUAUAUACUCUAUAAUGUAGUAUGUUAAUGUAUGUAAUUGGAGGCCAACCAAAGGCAAGAAAGAAAAUGAAAAAUGGGAUCUUUGCUAGUAUUGUUUUUCUUUAGAAAUUGAUUACCGUUGGUAAUUCAACCUUUUGGAGUUUCGGCCACUUGGUUGAUGAUUUCUUUAAUGAUGGCCAAUGGAGGGAUUAUUCGCUUCUGUGGACUUUUCUCCUUCUUCUUCUUCUAAAUUGUUUCAACAUCAAGCCGCCAUCAUCUUCUUCCAAUAUCUGCUUUUUCUUCCAUUUUUAUUUUAUUGUCAUUAGUCUUUGCCUCGUACUUGGUCUUCUACAUUGUAUUGUACGUAAAAAUCCUUUUCGUCACACUGGUCAUCUCUCAGAUUCCUAUUUCCUCGAACAAUCCUCACAAGUCAUCUGUGUUUUUCCAGAUCACUUGUGGGGAUGCUCUUUGACAUUUAAAAAGCCAACCCAGAAGAAGAAAUUAAAAAAAAAACAAAUCUUUGAUCGCCUGGGAAAUUUUAUUUUCAUUGGGUUUCUUAAGGUUAAUUUGUUCAUCGGUUCCGCCCCUCGAAUGCUUGAUAAAAGUCUUCCUUGAAUUAUAUUUCUGUAAUUUGUGUUGGGCUUUGGAUAAGAAGCAGCUCUGGUGCCUCUGUUGAUCUGGGCAUUUGUCAAAGUUUGAUCUUCUUUAACAAAGCUGGUUUUGCCUCUUCGUUGUUCUUAUUCACAGCUGGGAAAAAAGCUAAAUGUCUCAUUUCAGCCAUUCCGAUUCAAUGUAUGAAGAUAAAUCCAAUCAUGGUCAAGGUGUACAAGUUGUACCAUUCAAGACCUCUCAGGGAUCAUUGAGGGUGUUAUUGUUGCAUGGUAAUUUGGACAUUUGGGUUAAGGAUGCCAGGAAUCUUCCAAAUAUGGACCAAUUCCACAGAAACUUCAUUGAUAAGUUCAAAAUUGGUGGGAAAUCAGACGGAGGCCGUGGAAAUACAAGUGAUCCUUAUGUAACCAUUUCGGUCUCGAAUGCAGUGAUUGCCAGGACUUAUGUGAUUAGAAACAGUGAGAACCCUGUUUGGAUGCAGCAUUUUUAUGUUCCUGUUGCCCAUUAUGCCGCUGAGGUGCAUUUUGUCGUUAAGGAUAGUGAUGUCGUAGGCUCUCAAAUCAUGGGGGCAGUUGGGAUUCCAGUAGAAGAUUUGUUUUCUGGUGCAAAGAUUGAGGGUGAAUUUCCAGUUCUUAGUGCUAAUGGCAAGCCAUGUAAACAUGGAGCUGUCUUAAAUUUGUCAAUCCAAUACACCCCAACAGAGAGAAUUCCACUUUAUCAUGGAGUUGGUGCAGGCCCUGAAUAUGAGGGUGUUCCUGGUACAUAUUUUCCCCUAAGAAGAGGAGGAACAGUUACCCUUUAUCAAGAUGCUCAUGUACAUGAAGGAAGCCUUCCAAAUCUAAUGCUUGACCAUGGUGUGGAGUAUCAGCAUGGACGUUGCUGGCAUGACAUUUUCAAUGCCAUAAGUCAGGCGCAACGUCUGGUUUAUAUAACUGGUUGGUCUGUCUAUCAUCUAGUCACACUUGUUCGAGAUACUGAAGACAGCAAAAAGAGCAUACUUGGAGACCUUCUUAAAGCGAAAUCUCAAGAAGGCGUGAGAGUCUUGCUUCUAGUUUGGGAUGAUCCUACUUCUCGGAGCAUUUUGGGAUAUAAAACAGAGGGGGUAAUGAAUACCAGUGAUGAAGAAACUCGACGAUUUUUCAAGCAUUCUUCAGUCCAAGUGUUACUCUGUCCUCGUUCUGCUGGAAAAGGGCAUAGUUGGGUCAAAAAACAGGAAGUUGGAACAAUCUAUACUCAUCAUCAGAAGACGGUGAUUGUAGAUGCUGAUGUCGGUGACUACAGGAGGAAAAUCAUAGCAUUUAUUGGUGGUCUUGAUUUAACUACAGGGAGAUAUGAUACACCACAGCACCCUAUUUUUCGAACUUUACAAACUGUUCACAAAGAAGACUUCCAUAAUCCCAAUUACACGGGUUCUACUACUGGUUGCCCCAGAGAACCGUGGCAUGAUUUACAUAGCCAAAUUGAUGGUCCAGCUGCAUAUGACAUCUUGACUAACUUUGAGGAGCGCUGGAUAAAAGCUUCCAAGCGACAUGGAUUGCAAAAGAUGAAAGCUUCAUAUGAUGAUUCCCUGCUGAAGCUUGACAGAAUUCCUGAUAUAUUAGGGAUUGAACAAGUUUCUGCUUUAUAUGAAGAAAAUCCAGAGGGUUGGCACGUGCAGGUUUUCCGUUCAAUCGAUUCUUCUUCUGUGAAAGGUUUUCCAAAAGAUCCAAAAGAUGCGACAACCAAGAAUCUCUUGUGUGGCAAGAAUGUUCUUAUUGAUAUGAGUAUACAUACGGCAUACGUGAAGGCUAUCCGAGCUGCCCAACAUUUCAUUUACAUUGAGAACCAGUACUUCCUUGGAUCAUCAUAUAACUGGGCUAAUUAUAAAGAUCUAGGUGCAAAUAACUUAAUACCCAUGGAAAUCGCCCUCAAAAUUGCUAACAAAAUCAGAGCAAACGAGAGAUUUGCAGCCUAUAUUGUUCUCCCAAUGUGGCCCGAAGGUGUUCCUACAAGUACUGCAACUCAGCGAAUUCUCUUUUGGCAGCAUAAUACAAUGCAGAUGAUGUAUGAUAUUAUUUACAAAGCUUUAGUAGAGGUAGGACUUGAGAGGACAUAUGAACCCCAAGAUUUCCUGAAUUUCUUUUGCCUUGGCAAUCGCGAAACCGAAAUAUAUGGUGAAAAUUCAGAGCCGAAGCCUUCUGCUCCUGCAAACACUCCCCAAGUAAACUCUCACAAAAGCCGUAGAUUUAUGAUAUAUGUUCACUCAAAAGGAAUGAUAGUUGAUGAUGAGUAUGUGAUCCUGGGAUCUGCAAACAUCAACCAACGCUCACUGGAGGGGACUAGAGACACUGAAAUUGCAAUGGGUGCAUAUCAACCUCAAUACACUUGGGCUACAAAGCACACCAGGCCACAGGGACAGAUAUAUGGCUACAGAAUGUCGCUCUGGGCUGAGCACCUCGGCUUUCUGGAGCAUGGCUUUGAGCAACCUGAAAGCUUGGAAUGUGUUAGACGUGUAAGAGCACUAAGUCAGCUGAAUUGGGCCCAAUAUGCGGCUGAUGAAGUAAGCGACAUUAGGGGUCACCUCCUGAAGUAUCCUGUUGCAGUAGACGAAAAGGGAAAAGUGUCACCCCUUCGUGGCAGUGAAACUUUUCCAGAUAUGGGUGGUAACAUAGUUGGAACCUUUUUUGGCCUUCAGGAAAAUCUUACCAUCUAAUCAAAUAGCAUACUGCGAUACACAAGCAGGGCCUUCAUUGUCUAAAUGCAGCAGUAGAGUCUUUGUUAGUCCAUUUGGUUUCCUCUUGGCAGUUGUUUUAGAUUUUCAGAGAUUAAUUUUGAUAUACAUUGGUUAUAUAGAUGUUGAUGGGUAUGUUAGGUAGGUUGAGGGUCCUGUUCAGAGUUUUGUAUCUAAUAAUGAAGUUUCAAUUUUGAUUGGCAUCUUCCAAAAAUAUGUGAUUUUUAGCCAUUCUGCAACAUAUUGUACCAUUUGAUAGUGCGCGCUACAUGUCGGAUGGUGUUUUCAUUUUAUCAAAGAUUCAGAAGAUAAUGAAAGAUAAACAACAUGCCCACUAGAAUUUGACAAUUUGCUUGCUGAACUUUGAAUCGAACAUGUUCCAGCUCGCCUGUUGACCAAUUGAAAUCUGAGUAGAUGAAAAAAAAAAAAAAACCAACUCGUAUGAAGAAGUCCAGAGGCAAUUCUGCCCGAACAAUUGACUGCAAUGGCAGCUAGUUUUGCUGGAUGCCCAUCUCCACUUCAUCGAGCACUUCAUUGACUUGUUCAUCUGGAGGAUUCAAACUGCUUUGUUCUGGUCAAAUUAGAUUAGAAGUGAGGGCCACGACCCGUAUAUACAAUAUUUUAGAUCAAAUUAUAUAUUUUCUCCGUCUCAUAAAAAUAAUUCAUUUAAUUAGAUAAUUAUUCAGAUUUGUAUAGUCGUCUUGUUAUGCCGAG